AUGGCAUCAGUUCAAUCAUUGCCAUUAUCCUCACACUUGUCAGAAGCAACUACAUCAAUAAUGCCUUCAGAUAUUUCUCAAAGUAAACAAAACUUACCAUACAGAGGAUCAAAUGCUACCGAAACACUUAGCCUCUUUGAUAAUGAAAAUUUAAAUCAUGGCAAUUUCCUGGAAAUGAUCCGUAUUAUAUCAAAGAAUGAUCAAAUACUUAGAGAUCAUUUAGAGAAGGCUAUUUUAAAAAGCAAACGUAGAAAAGAUACGCUUAAACUGUCUAACAAAUCAAAAUCGAAGGGAAGAGGUUCUCUCAUAACCUUGUUGUCAAAAACAACUGUCAACAAAGUUAUUGAUGCUGUUCUUGAUCAAAUCAGGAAUUUAAUAAAAAAGGAGAUUGGUAACAAACGGUUUAGUUUGCAAAUGGAUAGUACUCAAGACAUUUGCGUUUAUGAUCAAGCAACCAUUUGCCUACGAUACAUAUAUAAUGGUAAAAUAACAGAAAGGCUUUUUACACUUACAAAAGUUACGAACUCUUCUGGAAAAGGAUUUUUUGAUAUCUUGAGUGAAUGCUUUUUAAAACAUGGAAUUCAAAUGAGAAAUAUAAUUGGAGAAUCAUUUGAUGGUGCUGCAAAUAUGCGGGGGGAAUUUGUUGGAUUGCAAGCUCUUAUUAGACAAGAGGCUCCAGGUAGCUUGUAUAUUUGGUGUUAUAGUCACAUAUUAAAUCUCUAUAUAUGUGAUUCAUGCGAUAAUAUUGAAGGCAAAAUUUUAUUUGGAUUAUUGAACAGACUAGCAACUUUCUUUGGUGAAUCAUAUAAAAGGAUGGACGCUUGGGUGAAACAGAAUAACUCAACUGGCCAAAAUAAAUUAAGAAGGCUGCAAAAAAUAGGUGAGACAAGGUGGUGGGCACGUGAAAAAUCCCUUAAAUGGAUAUAUGGCAAAGAGAGCUUACUUUUAAUAACGAUAAGUGCACUUCGAAAUACAUCUAUUUUAGCUUCUGAUAAUGUCCCAACUAUUUCUAGGGAGUUGAACCUAAUAUUGACUCCUCUUCAGAUAACAAGCCAUGUCCUAACCUCAGUUAAUGAUUGUAGUACAGGUGGUGAUUCCGUCAUUAAUAAAAGAAAAAGAUGGCAGAUCAAUCAAAAAAAGAAACGCACUAGGGAUAGCGAGGACCUACAAAAUAGAACAUUCUCUUAUUUAUCAACUUACGGAGAGUAUCUGUGUACAGACUGCUCUACCAAAAAUUCGAAUAGGACGAGCAAAUAUAUAGUGAUGAAGGCCAGGAUAAACGUCCUCAAGAAUCGAUUGACCUUUAUAGGGUUGAAGUAUUUCGUCCUAUAA